CGGGCGGGGGCCGGGCGGUGCGGGCAGCGGGGGGCCGAGACCCGGGGCUCGCCGCGCCCCUCCGGCCCCCCAGGGCCGCGGGGAGCCCGGACAUGGGCGUUCGGCUGCCCCGGGGCGUGUUGGUACCUGCGGGAGGGCGCCCGGCGGAAAGUCCCUUCUUCCCAUGAGCAGCGCCUGCUCCCGGCGCUGGGCGCUCGCCAUGGACACUAUGAAAACCACCUACAUCGUGCUGGAGCUCAUCAUCGCCGUGCUCUCCAUCGCUGGCAACGUCCUGGUCUGCUGGGCUGUGGCCAUCAACAGCACCUUGAAGAACGCCACCAACUAUUUCCUGGUGUCGCUGGCCGUGGCCGAUAUCGCCGUGGGGUUGUUGGCCAUCCCUUUCGCCAUCACCAUCAGCAUCGGCUUCCAGGUGGAUUUUCACAGCUGCCUCUUCUUCGCCUGCUUCGUGCUGGUGCUGACCCAAAGCUCCAUUUUCAGCCUGCUGGCGGUGGCCAUCGACAGGUACCUGGCUAUCAAGAUCCCACUGAGGUACAACAGCCUGGUGACCGGCAAGAGGGCGAGGGGACUCAUCGCAGUGCUGUGGCUGCUGUCCUUUGGGAUUGGACUGACCCCUCUGAUGGGCUGGAACAAAGCCAUGAGUGGCUGUCCCAACACCACCAACGAGACAGGGACAGAGCCCCAGGGCUGCUUCAUCUCGUGCCUCUUUGAGAACGUGGUGACCAUGAGCUACAUGGUCUACUUCAACUUCUUCGGCUGCGUGCUGCUCCCGCUCGUCAUCAUGCUGGGGAUCUACAUCAAGAUAUUCAUGGUGGCCUGCAAGCAGCUGCAUCAGAUCGAGCUGAUGGGCAACUCCAGGACCACCCUGCAGAAGGAGGUCCACGCAGCCAAGUCUCUGGCCAUCAUCGUGGGCCUUUUUGCCUUCUGCUGGCUGCCCCUGCACAUCUUGAACUGCAUCACGCACUUCCACGAGGACUUCUCCAGCUCCAAGCCCGAGUGGGUGAUGUACGUGGCCAUCAUCCUGUCCCACGCCAACUCCGUCAUCAACCCCAUCAUCUACGCCUACAGGAUCCGGGAUUUCCGCUGCACCUUCCGCAAGAUCCUCUCCAAGAUCCUCUGCAAGGCCGACGACCUCCCCAAGUGUCCCUCGGAGCACAACCAGCACCUGACUGCCAUCAACAUCAGCUCCCCCGCGGCCUCGGUGACCGUCUGAGCCCAGCCCUGCCCACCCUGGCACUGCCCUGCCCUGUCAGCGGGGCCACGAGGGCUCAGACAUGACCACUAUGGACUCGUGCAGCUCUGGUUUUAUUUUUAUUUUUGUAAUUAAUGUCGUGCCUGGUAGAGGAGUGACCUGAGCGGGGACACUGAGUGCAGCUCACCCCUGGGGGUGUGACAGCUGUGAUCCCGUUGUGUUUCCUUUCCAGGUGUUUCCUUUCCAGGCUGGACACUGACUGGGGAAGACUCACCUGCUGGGGGGUGUUUCCCCAAUUGUGCUGCUCACAUCAAGUCAUAGGAUCUUUAUUUUAAUUAUUAUUAUUAUUAUUUUUUAAUAUUUGGAUUCAUUUAGGAGUAAUAAUUUUGUGUCUGUUUUUUGAGUUGUUCUCCAAGUUCAUACUUGACAGCACUUUGGUAAUACCCAAAUUAUUCCAUCAAUUGUUUGAUGCAGCUUGUAUUCUCUGAUGGGAAAAAGUCUUACUUAGCCCAGUUGCUGGUGUGAAACUGAAUCUGUGUUCCAGGCACUGAGGGGAGGGACUGUGAGGAUGGGAAAACCAGGUCAGAACUGGCCAGCCCAGCAUGGAAACCCCAUUUCCUGAAAGAUUUGAGAAAAGACUUGACCAAGGUUUUAGAGCAGAGGUUUUACUGCCUUUAAAUCACUUUGGUUCACAGGGCUGUCAGCCCAGUGCUUCAGGUUUGCUUCCAGAUCUGUUUGCAGUUAUCAAAAUGCAGGAGGCAGAAGUGCCCCAAUGGUCCUGGCUGGUCUGAGCCAGAGCCACCAAGGCCAGUGUCACUCUGCCUUGGGGACACGAGCCCCACAAUUGGGUUUUUGCUCUGCCAGCCCUGUAGAGCCUCCACAAGUGCAGGUUUUAGCUGUGAGAGGUGGAUGCUGCAGCUCACCUGACUCCUAAAGCUUGGUCUGGCUGGGGCACACUGCAGCCCUCAAACCCCCAGAAGCUGUGAAUGCUUUUUCCCCCCCAGUAGUAAUUUUCAUAUUUUUAUCCCUGGAAAAUUGUACUUGAAUCACACAGAAAUCAACUCUAUACUUUUUAAAUUCUGUUGCACUAAAAGGGGGGUACAAGACCCCAAGAGUUUCAUUUCUCUGGCAUAUAUAAUGACAAAUAUGGUGUAAAAUUAAUUGAAAAGCUGAAGAAAUCUUGUUCCUGCAGCAUCUCCUCUGCCAGCUGGCAAGAGCUGCAGGCAGCAGCUGCAGGAAUGACUCUGGGCCCACCAAGCACAGGGAAUGGUUCCCUGGGAGUGCUGGAUUUCACUGCCAUUGGAGCAGCUCAGCCCCAGACCUGGGUGAAAUCACCAGAGAGCUCUGGAUGGCUUUGCAGUGUUUACACAAUGUCCAAAUUUAGCUACAGCUCAGUGUCUCAGCUCUGGGCACUUCCAGCACGAGUCUGAGCAGUUCAAGUCCCUGUCCCAGGUGCUUCUCCUUUACCAGCCCCACUCAGCUUUGCUGCACCUGCCUUGGCCAGGGCCCAGCUGAGCCAGGGCCACCUCCUGCCAUCUGGGCAGGGCCUGCCUCUCUCCUCCCUCCAUCCCUUCCCUUCUGGGUUAUCCUUGGCCCUGUUCCUCCUGCUAAUCAGGGCUGGAAAGCAGCAGGGUUUCACCUGCAGCCCUGGCAGUGCUGCCAAGUGGUUGCAGGCCACAUUUAUCCUCACAACAAAGGAUGGAAUCUCUCCCUUUGGCUGCCUGGAACCGACCCAAACUCUCACAGCAGCAACAGAGGGAAACUCUCAGUGCUGUAACACCCAGAGAGAAGGUCCCAGAACACUUGUGCACAUGUGAGAGCUUCCAGUGCAGCUCAGCAUCCACCACUGCUCCCUUCCCAUGCCUCUCAUGAGCCAGAAUUCCUGCAGGUGGAUUGGAGCAUCCUUAGUCCAGCUGUGCCUUUGGGCUGUCGGGCAUUAACUCUGGCCAGGCCAAGGUCACUGGGUACAUGAAGUGCCUUUGUGGAUCUGAGCCAAACAUAUUUCCAGGCAAAAUAAAAAUAGGACACCUCCCUUGCCCCCCUCAAUAAAAAGCUCAUUUCUCAUAAAAAUGUGAAGCAAAAGCAGCAGAGGAACUUUCUGUGCCAGUGCAGCUGUGGCCAUUGAGCUGUCCCUGCUCUGCUGUACAUGGAUGGAAGUGUUCUCCUCAUGUUGCUGAGAUUUUGUAUUUGCAGGAACUGUUAAUUUUCAUCCAAAAUGCUUCAUUUACCACCCACACCACCUGGCUCAGCCUGUGCCCCAUUUUUUCUGGUGGUUGAUUCAGCAGGAGAGGCCACACUGCCCUCAGGGAGCAGAGAGCAUGGACAGGGAAUCACAGCUGGAAGGAGCUGGCUCCCAGGGAAGCAGCCUGGAGGUGCUCAGGGUGUCUGAAAAUAUUUGAUUUAAAGCACAGCAACCACAGUGAUCCUGUUCCAGUGAAAGCACAGAGCUGUCACCAGUCUCAGGGUGCUGAGGGGUCCCUGCCCUAGUCCCUGGACCAGGUUUGCCACUGAAAAAUCAGAAAUUGCUCUGAGCUGCCAC